AUAUGACCCGGAUCAUUAAAGUCUUAUUCGUACUAUCUAGCGUCACUUACAAUAACAGCAACUGAGGUUGUGCUUUUUGGCUUGACUUGUCGUCUCCUUUUAUUCGACGGGAUAGGUUUUACCCCGGUCUUCUUUGAAAAUACGCUCCCUCAAGUUCUUAUGUCGUACCAGAGGUCAACAUGGCAAACACUAACAUUAAUAACUGACUACCUAAGUGAAGUAUCGACAAUGUUCUUGUCUGUAACGCGGGCUAACUCCGGUCUUGAUAUUACAAAGAUCCUACCAACACUACAUGUACUGAGUGACCCGACCCACCUCUUGUAUGUGAAUUUAUUACAACGUUCAAAGUUGUGGCUCAUAUCAUGUACUCGAUGUUUCUGUGGUGUUUCCCUUGAGCCUGAGUGUCCUUACACAGGGGAUCAAACUCUUGAUACCAAACGAUUGUACUCGCGCAGAACAAUGUUCUGCCUUUUAUCUGAAAAGGAAGAAGGAAGAAGGAAGAAGGAAGAAGGAAGAAGGAAGAAGGAAGAAGGAAGAAGGAAGAAGGAAGAAGAAAGAAGGAAGAAGGAAGAAGAAAGAAGAAAGAGAACGAUCACAGGCAAAGAACAACGGGAAAAGGAAACAAGACAGUAGUACAACACGGAGACCUGAAAUAGAAAGAAUGCGCACUGGAAAGGC